AUGCCUCGAGCAAGGCUGCCCCCUACACUUCACACCAAACCGAAGAUCCCAACAACCCGGGUAGCACCUAAUGCUCCCCGACUAUGGAAUGCCAAAAGACGGGUCAAAACCACCAUUGGACUCAAUCCAUAUUCUGCCACCAUCUUCCAACGAGUCGAGCCUCCGUCCAAAUGGCUUGAAAAGUACGAAGUCCAACUAUCGUCAAACCAGCCGCCGAAACAACAGCUAGCUCCAGAAACCCUCGAGGCGCUUCGAGCCACGCAGACGGACAGCGAGUUGCGCUGGUGGGAAAUGGAGCGGAAACACCUCGACCACUUCAUGGACGUCUACCCUCCUUUGUCGCACGUCUCAAGCGAUGUGAGGGACUUUUUACACAGCAACAGCAAAUACCUCAGCCCGCAGAAAGUCACUCAACUAUUACAAUCUCCGUCUCGAUUUUUCAGCAAGCCAGCCAACGUCCCCUAUGAAUCCCGGAAGCAAAUCAACUUUCCCCAUCCCAAAGACUCCGUUGUCCUGAUGCGCACGCCCCAUCUCAGUCCCAACUACGCGGCCUUCGAUGUGCCGUUACAUUUCAGCAAACUAGAUCUCCGAGCAUACCUAAGUAACGUGUACGGGGUCGAAGUCCUGCACAUCCGGAGCGUGGUCAUCCAACAAAAAGUGAAACGGACCCAGCCGUCCGACAGAUACAGCCAGGGAGCCCUGUACCGGCCUCGAAGCCUGAAGAAGAUGACGGUCCAACUAGCCAAGCCCUUUGUUUAUCCCGAGGAGAUCAAGGACCUCGAUCCGUGGGAGCACGACGACUACUGGCAUUUGGCCAAGACACAAUUCGCCCAGGAGCGAGAAAACAGCGAAUGGGGGUGGUCCAAACCCAAUCUCGCACACCGAAAAUCAAUCGCCCAACAGGCACAGGAACUAUUAAAGGGGAAGAAAAAGUGGGCGCCGACAUGGCAACUGCUGGACUCGGCGAGUACCGCCACGCCAUCAGACUAUGUACCUCGACGUUAG